UGAUCUCGCGAGAUCUCGGCGGGGCGGGAAGCAGUUGGGCUGGGGGCGGGACCGCCUGCGCUCGGGAGCAGCGGGGCUGGGCCGCAGGGAGCGGGGCACUCAGCGCCUUGGCCCUGUCCUAGGCCUGCGCUGGGCUCCUGCAGGUCCGAGGUCCGGCCUUGUGCACGGUCGGGCCCGGGGAGCUGCUCCUCCAGGGCUUGGGCAGUGGAAUUUCCAGCUCUGCUGGCACAGUCUGCAGAUCCGUCCCAGUGAGAUCUCCGAGCUGUCCGACUUCCAUCAUGGGCCCCGAUCUGUCCUCGCUGGGCACCUUCCUGCUGCUCACCAACCCGCACUGGAGCAGAGCAACCUGUCUUGCUGCACGGGAACCGCGGUUGCUGCUCCAGGAUGUGCCAUGCCAAGCUGACUCACACAGCUUUACUGUUCUUACCGUGAAAAAGCGCGUCCUGCAAAGAUAAUAUUGCCUCCCUAUGGUGCCCAAGUUGUUUGCAUCCAGUUUGCAACUAGAAAGGUACAGCAGCUCUGGCACAUGCUGUGCGCCCUGCGUGGGAGGAGGAAGAGCACUGCAGCCUGCAGCAAUCAGGCAGAUGCAUGACAUUUGUAGGAAGCAGGACAGACCUCCUCGGCCACGUUUGUUGGGGCUUCAGAGCUAGGUUGCCCUCAAGGCUGCGUGUUGGCACCCAGUGCAGCAAACUCCUGCAGCUUUAUUGCAAUUCUUGCAACUUUGAGAUUUGGGGACACUCACAAGGCAUAGCAGCCAAGAGAAAUAAGAGAUAUUCCACAGUUUUUUCUUCAAAAAUAUUUUUCCCCUCCCAAUUCUCUCUAUUUCUAAGCUAGUCUCCUUUCAUUGCAACGAUAUUCUGCAAAGCUAUCCAGCCCCUUGCUGAAAUGACUCAUUUAUAAAUCAAUUAGCCAGAACUGCUGCUGGCUGCCGCGGAGCCCAGCUGCCCAACCAGCCAGCUGUUUCCCUGCUGAAGGAGGGGAUUCUGCACAGCACCCACCCCUCCUCCUACUGAAUCCCUUUGUGUGCCGUUGCCCUGUGCCCGUGAUGCUCCAUUUCCUUCCCACCUGCUCUCGGCAGCAAUGCAUGCAUUAUCUGGGGCGCUUUGGCUUCCCCAAGGAUCACAGCCAUCUGCAGGCACAGAGAUCUCCGUGUCAGCCUGCCUGGAACGUGGAGGAGCCAAGAAAAAUGAGAAAAAAAAACAAAAACAAUGCAAAAAAAAAAAAAAACCCAAAAAACAAAAAAACCCACAACAGCUUUUUUUCCACUCUCUGGUUUAUUGGUGCUUGUGUAAUUUCUUUUGGUGGUUUGUUGAUUUCGCGCUUACUGACAUCUGCUACCUGCUCAGCCAGGGCCUCCUGCGCCAGCAAUGAGACCCAGAGGAGCUGUUCUGCACCGACUGCAGCCUCGAGCCGGCUUUCAGGAGGGCUGGGUUUGUUUGACACUUAUGAAAAUUGGAUGCUACAGCAGAGGUUGCACUCCUGGCCUCUUUCCCAGCAGUCAGCCCUCUCCCAUCCCACCUGGCUCCCGUUACAGCAGUCCUCUGCACUAAUCCCAAACCAGCUGUUGCUUUGGGGCAAGCAUCCCCAAGCAAAGAAAUGCAUAGAAAAGAAAAAGCUGGAUGUAAACAAUGUACUGAGAUCUGCCUGGACACGGACACGCUGCCUUGUAGAGCUCGGAGAAAAAAAAAAAAGAAGCCAUUUUGGGUCAGAUGUGGCGGCUUUUUGUUCCAGCAGGUUGCCUCCUUUGGGUGCAGGGAGCCCUGCAGCGAGCAGCUGAGCUCCCUGUGGGUGCAGGACCUGAGCCUGCUGCCCACAGCCCCUGCAACACCGUAAAGCUGAGCCCCGCUGAUCUUCUUAGAUCGCCCUUACGGGAGUAAUCACAUUAAACAGCCCCUUCCACCGACACAACACCAAAACGCAAAGGAGAAGGUGGUGAGAAGCUGACAAAGCUGAGCUCCUUAGAGAAUUAAGGGCCAGCCUCAAGGGGCUGAGCCCUGCUAGGAUCCCAGGGCAGGAGCCCACGGCACCCUGCCUGGGGAGCAGGAGAGCAGAGAGGCGGUCAGGGAGCUCUGGGCCAACCCGAGUGAAAUCUUUGUUGUUCUUUAAGUGUUGCCACAAAACUCAGCGUUCUAUCCUCGAAACACAGCAGUCAAAAAAACCCGAACGCUGGAAGGAGCGGCUUUCCACCAUCGAGGCCUGUGUUUUCAGCACCUCUUCCCCAGAAACAACGUGUUCCCAGAACAACGCUGUCCCCACAAAGCUGCAGAUCUGCUUUGAUGAAAUUGCCUUUCCCGAAGAGAUAUUUCCAGCCAGUUUUUCUAAAUAUUACUCAUAAAGGCCCCCCUCCAGACAACCUCUCUCCCUCCCCGACUUUGUUUAUAUGCUUUGAAUUCUGUUAGGAAACCGUCUCCCUACUUCAGCUCUGUUUUAUCCAAGUUUCCAUAUUUAGUUCUUUCAGCUAUUCCUGCUCCUUCCCCAGCCUUCCCGUGCCCGGCGCCGGGACCUGCCGUGUCCCCGCCGUCCCCUUCCCUUGCAGCACCCCGAGGGGAUUUUCUCCCCCAUCCUCUCUGCACCCACAAAUGCCCAUUGCACUUUGCCACCUGCAAACCUCAGAUCACCCCCUGGACAUCGCUGGAGUUUUGCCCGCAAGCGCCGGGACCCCCGCGCCGUGCAGUGGGGAGCGCAGGGCAAUCCGAGCCCGCUGUUAUUCGAGGGAGAGACAGAGUUAAAGUCGGCGAAGGAGGGUUUCCUCGUGGCACGUGGCUGCCAUGUCAAAGGGUGAGCAGCCCGCGGAGGGAACGCAGGGAGAGCGCUGGAGGAAUUCACCAUGAGCGAAAAGAGAAGCGGCUCCGGGGGACAUUAGUGUUUGCCUUUGGGGAGCCAAGCUGAUCCCACCAUGUUCAACGGGGACGCCGGCUCGUCGGCGGGCAGGAAUGUGGUGCGCAGCUCCAGCAUCAGCGGCGAGAUGUACAGCGUGGAGAAGAGCGCGCGGGGCAGCGCCGACUCCGUCAGCAUCACGGCCAGCAAGAAGCGGCGCUCCAGCCUGGGCGCCAAGAUGGUGGCCAUCGUGGGGCUGUCCCAGUGGAGCAGGAGCACGCUGCAGCUCAACCAGAGCGAGGGCGGCCCCAAAAAGCUGCGCAGCAACAUCCGCCGGAGCACGGAGACCGGCAUCGCGGUGGAGCUGAGGACCAGGGUCACCCGGCAGGGCAGCCGCGAGUCCACCGACGGCAGCACCAACAGCAACAGCUCGGACGGCACGUUCAUCUUCCCCACCACGCGGCUGGGAGCCGAGAGCCAGUUUAGUGACUUCCUGGACGGGCUGGGCCCCGGGCAGCUGGUGGGGCGGCAGACGCUGGCCACCCCCCCGAUGGGCGAUGUCCACGUGGGCAUGGCGGACCGCAGCGGGCAGCUGGAGGUGGAGGUGAUCCAGGCACGGGGCCUCAUCCCGAAGAUGGGCUCCAAAUCCAUCCCCGCCACCUACGUGAAGGUGUACCUGCUGGAGAACGGCGUCUGCCUGGCCAAGAAGAAAACCAAAGCGGUGAAGAAAACCUGCGACCCUUCCUUCCAGCAGGCGCUGCUCUUCGAGGAGAGCCCCCAGGGCAAAGUCCUGCAGGUGAUCGUGUGGGGCGACUACGGGCGCAUGGACCACAAGUGCUUCAUGGGCAUGGCGCAGAUCGUCCUGGAGGAGCUCGACCUCUCCAGCGCGGUGGCGGGCUGGUACAAACUCUUCCCCACCUCCUCGCUGGCCGACUCCAGCAUCGGGCCGCUGGCGCGCCGCCUCUCCCAGUCCUCGCUGGAGAGCUCCACCAGUCCCUCCUGCCCAUAGCCGGGCGGGGAGAGCCGUCCCGACCCCCAGGACUGUGAGCGGAUGGCUGUAAAUAUCCCAUCCUUUUUUUUUUUUUUUAAUUUUAAAGAUCUCCGUCCCGACGUGACCCUGCUCCCGGCCCGCUCCCUCCCGGGGCUGGGAGCACGGAGACGCCGUUCCCUUCCUUCCAUCUCGCUCCCUGCCCUGCGAGGAGCGGGGAGCAAACAGAGACUCAGCAGAAGAAUCCAACUCAGCACUACUUUUCGUUCCAAGGAAUGUAGCAUCUUCUCUUAUGUAGCUUGCCACGUGCUAACGACACUCACUGCAAUACCCGAGAGGCUCCGGGCGGAGCGGGCGCAUCCCGUUGGUUUCCCAGCACCGACCCCGCAGCACCGGCGCCCGUUUUCCUCCUUGUUUCGGUAACGUUUAGCCUGUGACCAGUGACAUUGCCAAAGCGACGGCGCACCGCGGUGCCCCCGCCUCCCCCCCAUCCUCGCGUCCCCGGGGGGAGCAUCUCAAGGGCAGCUCCCGCUGCGCUGCAAGUGGGGAGACGACGGAGAGGCGCCGAGCAAAGGACGCGGCGACGCUGAGCGCCUGGGUGUUUGUGUCCUGUUGGUCUGUGUGUGUGCGUGUCCCUGUUGUUUGUUUCUCAAGCAGCA